AUGGAUUCGAAUACACAACUAAUCCAAGUAUGUACAAAUGACGAGAUCCUUAUUAAGUGCAGUGAUAUGUAUCUGAGUUCAGAUGGGUUUUAUCCACCUUUCAUUAAAUUAAAGUUCUUUUAACAAAUAUUCUUAGAUCCUAAUUAUAAAUAGAAAAUAUGAUUUUUCAUAUCUUUCCAGUUUAAUUUGAUAAUGAUGAAAUUUAGAUAGCCAACCAAUAGGAAAUUAUUCAAUAUUCAUAAGAUAUUGUAAUACGCUUAGAUAAAUCUAAUAAAUUUAUAUGUGUUAUUGUGCAUAAUGAAAAAUACAUACUCUCCUUAACCAAUGUAAUUGAUAGAACAACACUUUUCAGAAUAUAACCUUGUUAUAAAUCAUAAAUUUAAGUAAUUGUUCUUUUAUAUUAAAGAAUUCCAAUAUAGUGUCUUUUGAUGAUGAUAUAUUUUUGAUGUAUUCUCCUGAAAAUAUUACAUUAUAAAAUUUAGAAUAAAAAUCCGAUUUAUAUGUAAAUAUUAAUGAAAAUAUGCUAUAUACUUCUGAUUUUAGUGUCUAAACUAUUAAGUAGACAACAUUCAAAUUUAAAAAGUAUUUCAAAGAAAGCUAACCUACUUCUUAUUACUAUGGAAAUUUAAUUAAAAUCAAAUAAAUUGAAAAAGAUUCCUAUUUAGAGUUGACUACUUAAGAGAACAUUUAAUAAAAUCCUCAGAACAAUAAUUUACAUAUGACUGAUGUGUAGAGUCAAUAUUAACGCAUUUUUUCUAAAAAUAAAACAGUCUGCUGGAGAUCUGGCGAAAGAAACUAAUAAUAUAUAGAUUUAUUAAUUUAUGAUAUAUGGAGGUUGUACCAUCCAUAAAAGAUCAAUACAUAGAUCUAAUAAGGAGAUUAAUUUUAUUUAUAAAAUUUAUCUGGCAAUUUCUUUUUGAAUGGAGAUUAAAUUUGUUAAAAUUAUUAAGAUGCACAAUUCUUCUCAUUUAUAGAAGAAGAAUCUGUUAAUAGUAGACUAUUUUACAUAAUUUCCAAUAAUUAAUAUUUAAGUUAUAAGUUUGUGAAUGAAAAUAAUUUUAGAUAAAUUUAAGAUAAAUAAUAAGUUGAAUAUAAAAUUAAAAAAUCAAAAUUAGAUUUAAUUUAAUUUGAUCUUAUUUCUAAUGUAAAUUUCAUUCAUUAAAAUUGGUUAGACAAUAUAGUUUAAUUAAUUUAUCAAAUAAAUUUAAAAUAUAAAUUGCAUUAUGAUGAUAUAAACUUAUUUAUUAGAAAUUAAUAAAUAAGUAAUGGAAAAUUUGAUGAUCUAUUUUUUUAAUUACAAUAAUUGGAAAUUGCAUUAAAUGAUUUGACAAUUUUUUGCAUUGCAGAUGAAGAAAAACCUAAAAUAAUUGAUAAAAAUGCAAUAUAUUAUUUAAAGAUGAACUAAUAUAAUUAGGAUUUGUUAAGAAAAAAAGUUAUAAUUCAAUCUCUUGUAGAUUUUAUUGAAAUUGUGAAAUGGCAGUAUGAAUAUACUUUAAUAAUUGAUGAAAAUAAAUUUGAAUCUAAUAAUGAUAUACCUAGAGAAGAUCAAAAUUUUUAAUUUUUAUUUCAAUUAAAUACUAUACUAAAUAAGAUUUUUCUUUUUUUUGAAGCUUUUAGUCACAACAAUGAUUAUAAUAGUUAAAUGAUAUUUUUGGCUUAUUUUAAAUUAAUAUAAUAUUUAGGAUAUAAUAUUGGAGCAUUUUAUUGUUUAAUUCGAUUAUUUGAAAACAAUUAAAAUUUGAUUCCUAUUGCAGGUAUAAUGCCUUUUAUAGGUGAAUCUCAAAAGGAAUAUGAUUAUUCCUUAAUCAAAAGAUCUACUAGAAUCAAUACCAUAUUAACCAAAUAGCAAAAUUAAAUAAAAUCUCAAACUUUAAUCGAUGAAGUUUUUGAAAGAGCAAAUUAUUGUCUUUAAAUACUUAAUAAAAGAUUUUGGGGUAAUAUUAUGAAGAUAUUAAGUGUUUUAUGUUUAUAAAAUGAUAGAGCAUGUUUUAAUAAUUAAAUAAAUAUAGGUAAGCAUAUAAUUUAAGGCCCAAAAAUUUUAUUAUAAUUUGUAAUUAAGGAUAAUAAUUUACUUUAUGUUUAAAUAGAUGAAAAUUUAUAUGAAUUAAAUGAAAUUUAUGUUUAGAGUAGUAAAGAUAAUAAAGUUUAUAUGAAAAACAUUAUAGAAUGUAAGAAUUUCUUAGAUUCUCAGUUAAAUCUUAUAGGAUUACUUUGUUAGGAAAGGAAUUAUGAGAAUAUUUAAUUUUAUCGAACAAAAUUACCAUAAAAAACUUUAAUAAAUUAUAUAAGUUAUUCUGAAAAUGCUGAGUCAUUAAGAUGUAGGUUAAUUAUAAUUUUAAUGAAUUUAUAUGUUGAUUGUUAUCCUUAUCAACCUAAAUAAAGUCCUAAACUAAUAUUCAACUUAAAUAAAUUAUAUGGUAGUCAAAAAUAAUCAAAUGGAUUUAAUGCUGAAUAGUCAUCCUUAGAAAUGUAAAUACAUUAAAAAUAAUCUUAUCAUAAAUAAUUAACAAGAUAAUUUACUAUGAAUGAUACAAAAGCUAUAGAGAAAUUACUUACUAUUACUUAAGAGUUAGUUAAACUAAAUUUAAUUUAAUAAAAUUAAAUUAACCUUUCUCUCAGUGUAUGUAAGAUCUUACAAAUGUUCUAUAAAUUAUAUACAUUUAAUUUACCAUAAAAUAAGGAAUUUCAUGAAAAAUAUUUUGAUGUAAAUUUGUUAAUCUAAGCUUAUACCUUAUUGCCUAAAUCAUUAGAAUAAAAUUAACCUUUAUAAGAAUAAGUUUAAUAAUUUUAACAAUUUUAAGAAUAAAAGGAAAUUUUUAAUUAAAUGUCGAUCAUAUUAAUUGAGUUUUUGCUAUUGUAUUUUCAAUAAACUGAGACAAAAAUUCUAAUUUAAACUAUUAAAGCAUCUUAACAAUCUGAAAACCUUGACUUUUCUUAAUAAUAUAAUUAUUAACGUUUUGAAAAAAUUAAAGAGAACACAUUUCUUUUAUUGAAACAUAAUCAGGCUUAAACUGAAACUUAAUUAAAGGCUUUUACUUUAGUGGAAUCUCUAUAUUAACCAAAAAGAAAUAUUAUUAAACGCUUAUAAAAAUGUUUGUUUUUGGAAAACUAGGAAGAAGUUUCUCAUUAUUAAUUUAUAAAAUAAAUGAUUUUAUAAUUAAAAGAAUUAGAGAGUGCUGAUGAAAAAUAAUAAUUAUAUCAAAAUUGUAUUAAAUCAUUAAUAAAUUUGAAUUAACUCUUAAAAAAAUCAGAUAAUUUAUUAUUAGUAUAAAAAAUUUUGAGAAUUUUAAACAUAGAUUAUAUCCUCUUAGAUUUUCUAGAAAGUUAUUAGUAAAUUUGUUAAUUGAUUACUUAAAAAAUUAUAAAAAGUAAUAAUGAUGACAGAUAUAUUUUAGAAAUUAAUAAUGAAGAGGAAUAAAUAAUAUAAUUUUGUACAUAAUCAUUUAUUAUUUUAAAAUUUUAAUGUUAUGGAAAUUAAAGCAAUAAAUUAAGAAUUCUUAGUAAAUUUAAUCAAUUUGAUGAUUUUUUAAAAUGUAUAGAUAUAGGAUAAUAUGAUUUACUUUAAGAAAUUUAUUCUGAAUCAUAUGAAAAUAUUGAAUCAGCAAGUAGUAGGAUUAUUUAUUUGCUUCUAGAUAAUUUGAGUUUAGGAUCUUUGAAAGUGUUGGAAUCUUUGGUUAUAUAAUAAAAUAUAUCAAGUAGUAAGAAUUUAUUUGAAAUUAUAUAACAAUUACAAAAUACAAAAAAAUUUAAAUAGUAAAUGGGAUUUUUAGAUCAUCCUCUUGAAAAGAUACUUUCUUAAAAUAAAUUUUAAACAUUUGAAAAGUAAUUUUUAAUAGGAAAUCUUCCAUACAUAUUUUAAAUAAAAGGAAUCUAAUUUAUAUUAUAUCUACUCAAAAAUUCUAAUUCUUAAGGAUGUAAAGUAAUUGCUGAUAUUUUUCCUUUAUAAUAGAUAAUUAAAUAUUGUCUAUAAUUAAAGGAUAUAUUUAAAUCCUCAUUUGAAGAUUUAAAUAUAGCUAUAUUAAGUACUAUUUUGAAGACAUAUUUAAUGAAAUUAUUUAAUAUACUUUUAAAAUAUAAGGAAAUCAUCAAAUAUGAUGAUGAAAUUUAAUAAACUAUUUUUUAAUUCAUAGAGAAGGAAAUCAAGAUUUUUGAAAGCAAAAAAAUUGUUCUUGAUUAAUAAAUGAAGUCAAUAAAUGAUAUUUAAAAAAAAUAUGAUUAUAUCAAUACUAAUUUUAGUUUCAAAAUAAAAUAAAAAAGUUUGAAGCCUAAUUAAUAAUUAUUUUAAUAAAUUCAAUCAGGAUCAGAAAAUGAAAGUGAUAAUGAUAAAAAAGAAGAAGAUUAAAUAUUAGAUUGUUUAAAAUAGAUGGCAUGCUAUUAAAUAUAAUUUAAUUAUGAUUGCCUUUAUUUUAAUAAUUAUGCUAUGUUAUUAUUAGAUGUUUUUCUUAACUUAGCUUAAUUAAUACAAGAGUAAAUAGAAAGUUUAGAAGAAUCAUAAUAAAAAUCUGGAAUAAGAACAUCUUAAACUUUGGCAAGAUAAAUGAGUUUAUCUUAAGCUUUUGCAGAGAGUAUCACAAAUGAUAUGAGUUAAAGUGUAAAAUUAAAACCUUUUAAUAAUUUGAAAAUUAAAGUGGAUUUAUUUUUAAGAUAAAUAGAAGAGUAUUUAAAACUAAAUUUAACCAAAUGGGAGAUUAUAGAAAAUGGACAUUUUUUAAUUGAAAAAUCAUAAUAAUUAAAAAUAAUAUUUUUAAGGAAACUGGAAUUUUCUAAUUGUAACAUAGAUUUAAUAGAAUAAAAGUAAAAAGAUUAAGAAGUAGAUUAAUAUUGUUCACCAAUUUAUUGUCAUGAUAAUAGAAUACAUGAAUUAAUACUGUUAAAGAAUAAAUCUUAAAAUAUAUUUAUUGAAAAAUAAAUUAAUAGUUUAUUUGUUACUGAACAUAUAUUGGCAAUAGAAAAUUUUGAUAUGUAUUUGUAAAUCUAUAGAUAAUAAUUAUUUAUAAAUGAAGAGUUUGAAAUCAUAAGUGAAAAUUUAUCUAAAACUGUUGUGCCAUUGAUUAAUUGUUUUUAAUCUAGUAUGAAUAAUUUGUAUAAGAAUUAUAAGUUUAUCAAGAAAAUAUUAAAAUUUUUCUGGCAUAUGUUGGAUUUACAUACUUAUAUUAGAGAAGAUUAUAUUUAGACAAUUAAAAUUUAUGAAUUGAAUAAAAAGGGGAAGUAUCAUUCUAAAAGUGAACAGAUACUUCAAAUAAAAGCAAUUAAAGAUUUUUAAAAUUUGCUAGUAAAUUAAGGUUUUUUUGAAAUCUUUUUAUAAUUUUGUAAUUAAUAUGAUAAAAUAAAAAUUGUAUAAUAGUCAGAAUUGAUUUCUUAAAAUAAGAAAAAGAAGGAAAAGUUAUUAUAUUAAUUUAUGUUAACUUCAAUUAGAUUAGUUCGAGGAAUUGAAUCUGCUAAUUAGUUUGCUUAGUAAAAAUUAAUGUAGGAAAUUUUGAUAACAAAAAGUAAUUAAAUGUUAAAAAUAUUCUAAAAUAUUUUUGAAAAACAUUAAUAAUUAGAUGAAAUUAUGAAAUAACGAUUAUUAAUGUUGCAUGAUAUAAAUAGAGUUUAUUUUGCAUAUGAAUACAAUGAAGUACAUAGAUUAGAAUAAAAAAAGAAUGCAAUGAAAUUAGGAAUUUUGCAGGUGUAAAUGAAAUUACUUUAAUUAUUAGCUGAGGAUCAUUUUAGACCUUUUUAAGAUUUUUUUAGAGAAUAAAUUGGAUUUGCUUAAAACUAUGAUAUAAUUUAACAUCUGAUGAAUAUAUUAUUGAAUUUUUUCAAUUAAGAAUCUUUUUAUGCUUUAAGUUAAGAUGAUUACAUUUUAGUUUUAAAUUGUUUUGAUUGUCUAAAAGAAUAUAUUUAAGGACCAUGUCCUCAAAAUUAGGAAAAACUAUGUUAACCAUAAUUUUUAAGAUUGUGUGGUAAAUUAUUAGGAUUUGAUGAUUCUUAAAUUAAGUUUUUAAAUCUUUAUUAGAGAUUCAGUAAAAUUGAUUUAAGUUAAUUAAAUUAAGAAAAAGAUAGAUCAAGAUUAUAAACUUUAGAUUAAGCUAGAAAGUAAAACAAUUCAUUAGAUAAGACAACUAUAUAAUAAUAGAUUAUUUAGUAUUAUAUAUAAGUACCUGUUUAUUGUAAAUAAUUAGUAAGUUCAUUUAGAAAAAGUAAUUCUGUUAAUUAUAAGUUUUUUAUGCUUUCUGAAAUAAAAUAUAGAUGUGCAACAACAUUGGAAUCAUUAACUGAUAAUGAAUAAAAUGAAUCAGAUAUUUUAAAAAGAAUUUCAACGAUUAUAAAUGAGUAAAUCCUAAUUAGGAAUAUUACAAUAUAAUAUGAGAAAUAUAAAAUAUUGCAUGGUUCAGGUAAAAAUUAUACAAAUUUGGUAUUCUCUCAUUUAUUGGGUGAAGAUUCAAAAAUAAUCGAAUAGGAGAAGGAAAGAAAGAAAAAUUAAUAAAAAAGAAAGGUUGAUAUAAAGAAUAGCAAUAAUUAUUGGUAUUAAGUAGAAUAGGAAGUGACAAUAGAGUUAGCAGUAAAAGAUUUUUGGGAUUCAUUUAUUAUAGAGACAGGAUUUUCUUUAUUUAAUCUUUUAGCUUAAGUAUAUUAGAUGAAAGAUUAAGAUGUUUUGGAACGAAUUUAUGAAUAAAUAGAUAAUACGAAGAAAUAGAAAAAGAGAUAUAAAUCUAUAGUAUUUUAUAAUCUUUACAAAGCCAUAUUUUCAGCAUCAUAAUUAAAUAAGUAAAUAAGUAAUAUAAUAUUAAUAGAAAUAUUAAAGAGUUAUAAUAAAGUACAUAAUUAAGUGAUAAAGUAUUUAAUCUAUACAAAUUAAAGAAAGCAUCAGGAGAAUAGGAAGCUUAUUAAAAGAAACUAGGAUAUAGAGCUUUAAGAUUUUUUGCAACUAGAACAGGAUCAAUUGAAAUAUUGUUAUCUUCUAAAUAGUUAAAAAAAGUUAUGUUUCCACUUGUUCCACAUUGUUUUGCUUUAAAUAAUGAAAUUAAAUAGAAGUUUGCUUCUGAUAUUGAUCGAUUGUCACAAUAAAGAAAAGUGGAAUCAGUUUUAUCAAAUUCAUCUCAUAUAAUUUAGAAAUUAAAAACAGAGUAUAAAUUUCAAUCUUUAUAUAAAAAGAAUUUCAUUAUAAAUUUAUUGGCAAGUAAUUAAAAACUUUGGAAAUAAAUAAUAUUUUUAGUAAUUGUGUUAGAGAAUCUAAUGAUAUUAUUUUCAAGUGAUUCAAAUUUAGAAAAAUUAUUUAAAGAUAUUUUAUUUGGAUUAACAAUAACAUAAAUAAUAUUAUAAUUUUUAUGUUUCUUUAUCUUUAUAGUGAAGAAGUUACCUUAUUUAAGAAUAAAAUCAUAAGAAAUAAUAUUUGAGAGAUAAAUAAAUAGAAUUAGACAGAGAGAAAUAAAAUAUAAAUAUUUGGAUAAUUCAUAGAGUAUAGUACUUUAAGAGGAUUUUGUAUUAGAAAAAACAGAUUCUUUUUUACUAGAAUAAAAUAAAUGGAGGAGACUCUAUUAUAAUAUAACGGAUUCUUUAACGUUAUAUAAAUGUAUUUUAUUAGAUUAUGAAAUGAUAUAUUUUUUAAUAUUUACAACUUUAGCAUUUAUUGGAUUAUAUUUGAAUAUAGUAUUAGCAUUAUUACUUUUGGAUGUAUUUUGGAGAUUUCCAACAUUGACAUCAAUCGUGAAUGUAAAUAAUUAUUAAAUAAAAUUAGGCAAUAUGGAGACCAAGUGGAUCAAUAUUAUUGGUGCUUUCAUUGUAUAUAAUAAUGUAAUAUUAUUAUUCAUUAAUCGUUUAUCAAUUUUAUGCUUAUCAAUAUGCACCAUAUUGUUAAAAUUUACUCUAAUGUUUUUCAUUCAUAUUAGAUGUAACAUUUAAGACAGAUGGUGGAUCUGUUGGUUAUGUUUCAUCCAGUGAUGUAUAUGCUGAUGAAAAUUAUAGAUAUAGUAUUCUUAAUUUUUGGGAAUUCAUCUAUGUAUUUGUUGUUAUUAGUUUAUUAUACUCAAUAAUUACUGGUAUCAUUAUAGAUUCAUUUGGUGUCUUAAGAGAGGAAGCAGAAGAAUUAGAUAAUGAUAUAAAAGGAUUCUGUUUAAUUUGUGGAAUUGAUAAAAGUACUUUGGAAAAAAAGGCUAAACAUAAAAAAGGAUUUAGAUUUCAUGUUAAAUAUGAACAUUGUGUUUGGAAUUACAUAUUUUAUAUUUCUUAUUUAGAAGAUAAAAAGAAAGCAGAUUAAAAUGGUAUUGAGAGUUAUGUAGAUUCAGAUUUGAAAAAAGAAAGUAUCAACUGGUUUCCAAUCAAUAAAUCUCUUUCUAUUCCUGAUGAAGAAGAAUAAUAAGAAGUAAAUAUAUAUAUAUAUUAAAUCUAUUAGGAACUAUCUAAUUUAAAAUAAACAAUAGAUGAUAGAUUAAUAGAAAUUAGUAACAAAAUUGAUUAACUAAAAAAAUGA